CUGACGGAUUCACACUCGUAUCACGCCCUUCACGACCCUUCAACGACAUGCAGAUCAAGGCCCUCUCUCUCGUAGCGCUCGCGCUCCUCAUGCCCUCCGCGCUCGGCGUGACUGUCUCGUACGACGAAACGUACGACAACAAGUCCGGAAGCCUCAGCAACGUCGCGUGCUCCGACGGCUCGCACGGGCUGCUCACGAAGGGCUACAAGACGUUCGGCGCGCUGCCACACUUCCCGAAUCUCGGUGGCGCAGCGGUCGUGGGCGGAUGGAACAGCGCACAGUGCGGGACGUGCUGGGAGUUGGCGUAUAAGGGAAAGAGCAUCAGCGUGCUCGCGGUCGACCAUGCGGCAAGCGGGUGGAAUGUCGCGCUCGGUGCGAUGAACACCCUCACGGGCGGGCAGGCGAAGAAGCUGGGCCGGAUCGAGGCAACGGCGAAGCAGGUCGACAAGUCCAAGUGCGGUCUGUGAAAUGCAGCAGUGAUUGAAUGGGUAUGCCUUGGAUGAAACGUGGACGUUGAUGUGGGCUUUGAAAGGACAGUAGACACAUCAGGUGAUGGACUUCAUACGCGUAGGCCAGAUUAUGUCCCAACGUAUACGCGGGCUUCGAAUUGACUGCAAUACGGCGCGCUGCUUGGAAACGACUACCUCUACAAGUGUACCGCAUUGUCAGAGCCACUCAUAAGCCCUU